GUGCCCCGUGCGGGGCCUUCAAGAGGCGCCCAGCGCCGGCUGCGCCCAGGCCUCAGCAGCCGCUCGGGGCCGGGUCCCGCUCGCCCUGUGCCGCCUUGCAGGUAGAGGAGAAUCCAUAACAAGAUAAAGCAAAAAAGAGGAGACAAAUUUUCUUUCCCACUUCAGGAAAAAUAACCUGUUGGAUUAUAAUCUGCAAAUAGUGGAGAGUGCCAGCAUGAGCAACAAGCCAGAGAAUUCUACCUCAUCUACACUGACUGAGGGUGUGAAGAAAAAGAGGGGGAGACCAAAGAAGCAGCCACAGGAGGAUGGUGGAAACAUCCCACAGGAUGCUGUGGAGCCACAGCCAGCGAAGAAACCACGAGGAAGGCCAAAAGGAAGCAAGAAAGCAACUGGUCUAACUGGGGGAACGGUAGAACCUCCUGCUGGGAAAAAGCGACGAGGGAGGCCCCGCAAGUGGCCUCAAGCAGUGGUCCAAGGAGAAGAAUCAGAGGGAGGAAAUCCUCUGGAAAGCAGUGACUGGGAUUUGAAUAUACCACCAGCCACACAAGGCAUCACUGGAAAAGAUGGUUCCAAGUCCAGCAAAACCACUGGUGUUAGGAGAUGUCUUGAGUAACAUCCCUGCUGCAGCUCAGUAGUGUCCCACCUGUUCAUGUCACGCCGAAGCCAGAGGACUGGAAAACAAAUGGGACUUUUAAUGUUGUAUUUCAGAUUCUUCAUUUGUGAUAAUUUUAGCCAAGUUCUCUCCUGUUGCCUGUGGACUUCCUUACCCUAAACAUCCAAACAAGGAUUUAGGGGAAAGAAUGGCAAAUGCCUUGUUGGAGAGAUGUCUUUUACAAUGUGUAGUAUAUCUUUGAGUAUAAUAAUUUCUUUAAAUACUUGGAUAACCUGGUGCCUUGCCCUGCCACAGAGGGCAGUAUUUCAACAGAAGCUGACUCAGCAAUACAGAUACAGGAAAGGAAAUCUAUUCACACAACUAAUGGCUGAGCUUGUCUGCAAUAUCACAUUAGCAGAUUGGUGGAGCAGUGCCAUGAGUUAAGUUUUGCUGUGUUGCCCAUAAUGGGACAGCCUUUGAGUCUUUUCUUGACCAUAUCAGAAAGAAAAACCUUCAUGGCAUUUCCAGCUUGCCCUGUGCUGUUGUUCCAGUGGCCAUAACUUGCAUGCUUUAGGGGAAAAGUUUGCACCCUGAUGUCUUAGGGAUUCUGAAAUUUCUAUCUUAAUGUGAUCAGUUCAGGGCCUUCUGGCCUUGUGGCUCUCCCUCUGAGUUUGAUAGCAGCUCUAAGUGCACAGUGCUCACAGUGCUUAGUCACAGCCACUGGAUUUCAUCCCUUCAAAGAAGUGUCUGCAAAGAACUGGUUACAGAAGUUGCUUCCUUGCAGAGCCUUGGAAUUCAAUUUAAAUUAGUUGAAAUUCAGUCCCUAACAUGUGUGUGUGGGGUCCCCUAGUGUCUCAGCUAUGCAAAUAAAAGCUGCUGAUAGUUUUGUUUUGAGAGACAACAGUAGCUGUUGGUUUGAGAUUGUUGCUGGCUGCCCUCAGUUUCACAGUUUCCAGAUUUGUGCUUUUGGUCUUAGAGCUGAACUUGUUAAAUUCGGAGGAAUUGAUGUGUUUUCAAUAUCCAGCUGCAAAUAGUGAAAUCCCAGUGGUAUUUUCCAUCUCCUGGAUGUUCUGCCUGCCUAUUAAAGGGACAAAGUGGGUAUUUCAAUUAUCUCUGACAGGAUGUAAAAUUGGCUAGCUAUACAGUGUUAAAUAUUUAAACAGAACAUAAUUGGCUUUAAAUUUAUGGUGGUGCAUAGUAGAAACCCAUGAAAUGGCUGUAUAUAUUGAACUCAUUUAUUAUCUUUUCAUCAGAGUUCUGUUCCCUUGGCAAGUAUUUAUUUAACACAAGAAAAUGUAUGCAGAAUUAAGAAGGGCUGAUUGGAGUGAUAAUGGGGAAAAAAAAAAGUGGUUUCUUUUUCCUUUUGGGUAAUUUUGUCCAGUUCACCCAGUUUAGUAGAGAUGAGUCCUGAUUCUAUUAAUUCUGCUUAGUAGUGAUGAGAGUUCCAGUCCUAAUUCUGUGUGGUGUCUGGUUUGCCCUAAGGGUACUCUCUUGUGUAUGAGGCUUGGUGGUCACAGCAGAAAACUGCAUCACAGAUAAUCUUUGUGCCUCCACUACCAAAUAGCUGAGAAAUCAAGGACUAAAUGGAUUAGAUCACAGGGACUGACCUAAAUCCUGUGCUAUGGGAUGAGCUGUGCUGCCAGCUCCUGCUGUGGGGUUAACUCCAGGGACAUGACACAAGUGAAUCUGUACUGUUGAUGGUUGCAUGAGAAGGUGCAGCUGGUGCUCCCCUGAAUUCUGCUGCUCUUCAGUGCAAACAAAAGUUCAGCUGCAGUUCAUGUCUGCAAUCAAAGGCCAUUCCAAUAGCAGACCAAAAUAUUUUACCAACUUCUGUGCCUGAUUUUCAGUUGAGUUGGCAGGUUCAGUACUCUGUUUGCAAGGCUGUACUGCCUAUUUAAUUAACCUCUGCUACCUCAGACCAAUAGCUGUUGCAGGGUGAGACUGGAACUUCAGCUUCUAAAUGGAUUAGGGAUUACAGCUGUAAGACUCAGGCUUUUCCUGUGACAUCAGUCAGUCCCUUCUCAGCUGGUGGCAUGGAAUAGGGGUGCAAACUGCCUUGGCUAGAUAGUAAAUCCAUCUGCUUUAGGUCAGCAGUAUUCCUCUGGGAAGUGCAUGCAAAGUACCUCUCUUAAAAAAAACACAAAAAAAUUUAGUCUUUGCUACCUCUUAACAUUCUGCUGAAAAACCCACAAUAAAGAACUUGUUUCCAUAAAAAUGCAAAUGCUGGAGGAGGACAAACAGAAUUCAACUCUUUUAGGAGCUCUUCUGUGUGUAGUUGAAACCCCAAUCCAUAAUUUCAGCUUCCAUGUUUACACAGAGAAUUAGAAUGGAAGUCAGUGCCUAUGAAAGGUGGACAGAAUUCCAGACGUCUUCAGGGAGCUAGGAUCUUACACUGGAUCACUUGGAUUGUCUUUUUUGAAACUGCAAACCUUUUUAUAUGUUUUUUCCCAUAGGUAAUAUACCUUUUCUGUGUAGACAAAGCUACCUCUAAGCAAGUGCAUGUCAAGUGUUUUUAAGCUCAGGCAGUUUUGGUCUAACUUGGCUGAAAAAAUAAGAGGCCAUUACAGUUGGUUAAACCACAGGAGGUGAGUGAGGUUUGAUGUUUAGCAAAGUUUGGAAGUUUCCCAUAAAUGGUUUUGGUGAAGGCAUAGAGUGUUGGUAACUUGCAAAUUAGCCUUGAAGUUUGUUUUAAAUAAAGGUGUC